UUAUACAGCCAGCAAGGCAACGCAACGGUCCUGCUCCCAGAAGAAAAGCACGGAUCAAAACAGAGGAGUGGCUUUUCAUAGUCUGUUGUUAUUUUUAAUCUACUUCCAUAACUACCUCCACAAAAACAUUGAAGAUAUUGACAAGGACGAAGAAGUAAGCCAGAGAGAUUCGAAACUCUUACUUCAGUUUCGCAUUCAGAGGCAAGCUACUAACUAGCGUGACAACAACCCAAGAUCAGCUCAAUGGCUACAGCAUGUGUGUCCAAGGUGGAGCUGACAGUCUCCUGUGAAAACCUGCUGGACAUGGAUGUGGGCUCUAAAUCAGACCCGCUGUGUGUCCUGCUCAUGAACACAUCUGGAAAUCAGUGGUUUGAGGUCGACCGCACAGAGAGAGUCAAAAACUGCCUGAACCCAAAAUUCGCCAAGAAGUUUGUGGUCGAUUACUACUUUGAGGUUGUUCAGAAGCUCCGAUUUGCCGUUUAUGAUAUUGACAAUAAAACCAUUGAUUUAAGUGAUGACGACUUCCUGGGCGAGUUGGAGUGUUCGUUGGGUCAGAUUGUUUCCAGUAGCAGACUGUCAAGACCUUUGCUGCUGAAGAACAAAAAACCUGCAGGCAAAGGAGUGAUUAUGAUUAGUGCAGAGGAAAUCAAGGACAACAGAGUUGUCAAUUUUGAAGUGGAGGCCAGAAAACUGGACAAUAAGGAUUUCUUUGGAAAAUCAGACCCCUUCCUCGAAUUUUACAGGCAGACGGAAACAGGCUGGCAGCUUGCUCACAGAACUGAGGUGGUGAAGAAUAAUUUGAAUCCUUGCUGGAGGCCUUUUAAAAUUCCUCUACGCUCUCUUUGUGCAGGCGACAUGGAGAAACCAAUCAAGGUGGAAUGUCAUGAUUACGACAACGAUGGAUCUCAUGAUUUGAUUGGGAUUUUUGAGACCAACAUGAAGCGCCUUGAGGCGGCUUCUCGCUCUGCUCCGGCGGAGUUUGAGUGUAUAAACAGCAAGAAGAAACAGAAGAAGAAGAGUUAUAAGAACUCUGGAGUCGUGAGUGUGAAAGUUUGUCAGAUCACUAGGGAGUACACCUUUCUAGACUACAUCAUGGGAGGCUGCCAGAUAAAUUUCACUGUGGGCAUAGACUUCACAGGGUCUAAUGGAGACCCCAGGUCACCUGAUUCUUUACAUUACAUCAGUCCUCAAGGUGUGAAUGAAUAUUUGUCAGCCAUCUGGUCAGUCGGCCUUGUGGUCCAGGACUAUGACAGUGACAAAAUGUUUCCGGCGUUUGGAUUUGGCGCUCAGGUUCCACCUUCAUGGCAGGUGUCUCAUGAGUUUGCUCUCAACUUCAAUCCUGCAAAUCCAUUCUGCACAGGUGUGGAAGGUGUGAUUGAGGCCUACAGGUUGUGCCUUCCCCAGGUCAAACUUUACGGCCCUACCAACUUUGCUCCUAUUAUCAACCAUGUGGCUUGUUUCGCACAGCAGGCGUUACAGCAGAAAACGGCAUCGCAAUACUUCGUCCUGCUGAUCAUAACAGACGGAGUGAUCACUGAUAUGGAUCAGACGCGCGGAGCCAUAGUCGCUGCCUCACGCUUGCCCAUGUCCAUCAUCAUUGUCGGUGUAGGAAAAGCCGACUUUACAGACAUGGAGAUUCUGGAUGGAGAUGAUGGACGAUUAAAGUCUAUCACUGGAGAACCGGCCGUACGGGACAUCGUGCAGUUUGUGCCAUUUAGAAAGUUCCAGAACUCUCCAAAGGAGGAACUCGCCAAAUGUGUCCUGGCGGAGGUUCCUGGUCAGGUCAUCACCUUCUUCAACAUGAUGAAGUAUCCCCCUCCAAACUCAAACACUCCAGUGGACGCUUCAAACGGGGUGAAAAACUGACCAACCCAUUUCCUUGCUUAAUACUGCAUGCAACUGGACGACAACUGUAGGCUUUCUUAAAGAGGUAGACCACUAGACGUAUUAGAUUUGGUUUCAGAGCAUUAUAUAUUUAUGUGCCAUAUGACCAUGGAAUGAGCUAUUACAGAUUUCGUUUGGACUCAAGAGCCACUAAAAGAAGACAAACUAGAUAAAAGAAUAGAAAAGGAAAUCAUGUUAGUGUUGUAGGUGAGAUCUAUUGAAUAGUAUGAAGACCUUUUAAAAAUUAUGGGUUCAUUCCUCUUUACAAAAUCGUUUACAGUUAGCAUGAUUUAGAAACUUUUUAAUUUUUCACGUAAUUAUCAUAACACGUUCCUGUAGACCAUUUUUUUAUAUCUAUAAUUAUUAUUUUUUAAAAUCAGUGCCUCAUAAAGCUAUAUUGACAUGUCACAUUUAUUGGAAUAAUGUGCCUUCUUGAUUAAGCAGCAUUAUCUGUAUAUAAAUCUGUGCCUAUAUAUGUUUGAUUUGAUUUUAUGGAGAAUCUUUUGGCAGCUUUUUACAUGCCAAUAUUUUAUGUUUGACCUCAUAUAACUGCAGACACUGAGGAAUGGUGCUCAGAUCUCAAUCCGUAUGUAUAAACGAAAGCCAUAUUAGAUACUGACGUCUCGUUCUGAGUUGUGCCUGAAUAUGCUAAUAGUAAUCAUAAUACUCAAUCAGUAUUAAAUGUUCAGAGAUGCAAAAGAAAUUUAAUUUGAUCAACAUGCCAGCCCAGUUUACUGGUUAUAGACUAAGCGGAAUAUAAUAGAUAAUCUCAACUGCAUUUAAAUUGCAGCUAUUUUUCUAUUAUUUUCAUAAGAUAUCUUUGUGUUGGCAUCGUUAUAGAUUAAUGUAAUGUCUUUAACUCGUCGUUGUUUUACUGAUGUACAGCCUGUAGCAUGCCUUGUUCCACAUACAGUAAAUAAAUCACCAAAACGAA